AAUUGAUUGGCUGACCAAUAAUUCAUAAGCUUGAUUCUGCUGGGGGCCAGGAGUAGUUCAUGCGAAAGCCAUCAAAGCCAAGAGAGUUUAUGUUUCGUCCUUGUGUUUUUUCAUAGAAUACCUAGAAUGAUAAACAUUUAUAAUAUCGCUGUGGUUAUUGUGGUUUUACUGCCUUCAAACCAAGGUAUGGUAGCUGCUGUUUAUCAUUAACAGCGAGUGCAUGAGUUACUUCACGCUCAACUUGACGUUUACUAAACUUGUGUCUGUGUUCUUCACGAGACACAUUCGGGAAGGCAGCUCAAAACAUGAUUUGGGUCCACCGUUCCCAUUUUAGAAAAAAGCGAAACUCUAGUGUUAAAGUUGUCCUUUAAUCUGUUGUAUUUCGUCCACGUUUUAAUUAUUUUCUCGCGAUAUUUAAAUAUUGUAUAUACAAAAACAGUGUUUCGCUUUUUCGACUCUAUGAAUGUAAUUUAUUUCCAAUUCUAACCAUCGCGCAUUCAUAACAAGUUUAUAAUGAAGAUGCGUCAUCUGAAAUAUAACCCGCAGGCCUAUAUUUCGAUAUCUAGACCAUUUUAUUAACUUCGUGUCGUUUUGAGAAAAGAAGUCGACUUUCAUGAUUCUGUUGAUCACCUGCAAUGGUAAUUUCUGAUCUAUUAGCAAUCACAUCAAAACAGUAGUCGUGCAGCUUAAUGUUGUGAACUUCGACGUCACAUUUUGUUUUACUAAAAGAAUAUAUAUAUUUUGUAUGAAUCUGGAAGGGGAGUCAUUCUUUUUAUUCAGAUACCACUUUCUUAAACGGAGAAUCACGAUCAAAGCCUUGUUUGUGUGCUUUUUAUUUAUUUUAAAAACGUGAAGGGCUGUAUUGAUUUUUCAGUUUCUACUAUUGUAUGUGAAUUAAGUGAGUUGGAAGCGAACUGUUGCAAUCAAGCGAAGAGGAGAUAAGAUUCAUCAGCGGCUAAUAUAGCGUUAUUUUGUUUUUCCUCUUGUUGUUUUUGUGACCAGGUCGGCAUCACAUAAUUAGCCGUGGACAUCUGAAGCCUCCUCUGGAGGAACCGGCCUUCUUUACAACGGAUAUAGAACCAGAUGAACUUGAUUUGAAGCAGGGUAAGUCGUGUUGGAGAGAAGUGCACGAGGUGUCUGAUCGUUACUUCUGUCGUCUUUAUACCAAGGAUGUUUUGUUUUCAUUUAGUCGGAUCUGUUAAAUAUGGCUACAAUGGAUAUGAAAUGCACUCACAGCAAGAUUCACCUUUGCUUAUUGAAAAUCGACUAUUUUUAAUUACUGAUUUUAAUAACCAGAAAUCCUGAAUACCAGUGUUAAUCGGUACGGAAAAUGUUGUGCUUUUUUAUAGAACCCCUGUUCCCUAGAGUAACAUCUGACCACACUGUCUCAUAUUGACCAAGAUAACGUGUUCUCAUUAUUUGGGAACAAAUUGAACUACGUUAAAAACUAUGCUCAGAGCAAGACCAGUUUUGCGUAAUAACUUAAAUUAAUUCAAGGCAUAAGCCGUAGAAGCCUAAACUGAGAGAUUUUUAAGGUUUUUCGAGACAUUCAAACCCGGAAGCCGUGGCGUCAACAAGAACUCAGCGUUGUUUACCAACUGACCCAUGAGGCAACACAGAGCUAAUGACACCUUACACCUUUGAUUCACUCUUAACGGUGGCCACUUUACGUUAUCAACUCAUGUGAUAAUACCGUAUUUCUUUGUUAUACUCUCCCACCGACGCAGCACCACAGUUUCUUAGAAACUUUUAAUGACACCUUAGCCGGAGUCAUGAAGGCGAACUUCCACUCUCCACAAACAUUGUCGUAGCGCGCUAACGUCAAUCAUGUGUAUGUUCAAACAUGAUACAUUUGCGCAGUAGAAAGAACAUGGAUUUGGGAAAACGUUCGUAUGUUAUUGAAACUUAACACGAAGGAGCCAUCAAGCCCUGCAUGAAACCUAUCACUGACUUUAUUCCGUUCAGUAGACAAGCGCAAAGGUAUUGCGAGGUCAAAAGCUCACAUCGGCUCUUUCAUUAAUUUAUUUACUCUCUCUUUCAGAGCAACAACGUAGAGUCAAGGGAGGAACAAAUAGUCAUAAGAUGCCACCUCCUGUUGGUCCUAUCAGGGACCUUCACCUUAAGCAAGGUGAAUGGAAACCGACGGUCAUGCAUACCUUCCAGUUAUUAACGUUGAAAUUAGUAAAUCGGGUUUGAGCUCUCCCUUUGUCCUUGUAACAAUUGGAAAAGGCAAACUAAAUGCUCCAGAAAAAUUGGAUUAACCCUCUUUACCCUAACAUCAGCAUGCUUAUUCUCUAUGCUGUUCUCUAUAUAUUUCAUAAGGGGCUGACAAGGAGAAUUUGUUUAACAAUCAAUAGCUUCUUCAGUCGGUGAUCAUUUCUUCCUUUCUCGUGACUUUACUGUGUGAUUCAAGAGUGAUAUUGUAGGGGAAAAUAAGAUGUUAGACAACCUUAUUGGUCAAAGGGUUAGAAUCGAAACUUAGCAUUUUCAACGACUUCUCGCCACGAGUUUCACCUAGUUCUACACCGAAACGUUCCCGGCCUUUAAGUAAGUAAUUCCAUUCAAUCAAAGAAAGAAUCGCCUCUUCGUCUCUACGUUCUUACAUUAUAAGUUGACAUCAUAGGCAUCACAAGGUGGCUGAUUAGCAUAGAGAAUCUUUGUUUGUAAACCGGCCUCUCUAUUGCUCAACACAACUCUGAAAAAAUAACCUGGGCAGAUGUAUUUCUUUCUUACAGAGCAAAAACGAGGAGACAGUGGAGAACAAAAGACCUUUAAGAUGCCACCUCCUCAUGGUCCUAUCCGAGAAAUCAAUCCACACGCACCAUACUUCGACGAAGGUGAAACGUCACGCUAUGUUCUCUCAAACUGUGCAUAAGUAACGACUCGAAUCCGAAGGAAGUUUUGGGAUGAAUAACUUCUUACCCUAAAACGAAUGUCCUUUCAGUACAAUAUAAAUUGUUAUGUCUUAAAACGACUACGUCGUGCCUUCUGUAUGAAGCAUGAUUUUUUUCAAGUGUGUUUUACCUUAAUCCUUGACUAACCUCUUCAUUUAUUUCGUACUUUUCUGAAAUAUAAGUUUUAUUUCAAAAUACCAUCAAAAAUUAGACAUUUUUUACAUUGGACAAAAAAAAAACUUCCUCGUAAAAUAUCAUGAUGUACUUGAUUAUUCCUAAGUACAAACCUUCCAUCGUUGUUAUUCACACGUAGGUCGUGACAGUUGUGGCCGCAAUUCAGGUUCUUCUUCACGAGUCAUCAAUGGCGAUGACGCUACUCUUGGAGAAUGGCCAUGGCAGGCCCGCUUGGAAUUCAACCAUCACCAUAUAUGUGGAGGGUCACUGAUUAUGGCAGAGUGGGUUAUGACCGCUGCUCAUUGCGUACUUAAUGAUGAUCCCAGCAAGUUUAAGGUGAUCCUUGGGGAUAUCGAUCGUAAGAAGAAUGAAGGCUCAGAACAAGAAUUUGAGGUGAAACGUAUCAUCAAACAUCGUCUAUUCUCACACCCAGUUCCAUACGAGAACGAUAUCGCCCUCUUUCAGCUUUCGCACCAAGCUUCUCGCGGCGACUUAGUGAAUACAGCUUGUUUACCAGAAUUUCUUGAAGAAGUGCCGCUUGGGAAGGAAUGUUACAUAACAGGUAUAAUCUAAUAGUUACCUUUGAUUUUCUAACACAGGUUUAAUCUUCGUCUCAACAAAGCAAUAAUAUAUAUUCAAACCUUUUUCCGUGUUCGAAAAAUUAUAACAAGGAGAAGCUUCCUUCUCGCCGGCACAUUUGAAAUUAGGGGGGAAAAGUUUCUGAAGAAACUGUGGUGCUGCGUCGGUGGGGAAGUGUAGCAAGAUGAUUUUGGUAUCAACAUCUGAGUUGAUAAUGUGAAUUAGCCACCGUGAAGAGUUUCAAAGCUUAGCUUUGAAACUCUUCACGGUGGCCAAUUUGCAUUAUCAACUCAGUUAAUAAAACCAAAAUUACAUUUGAAAUAAGUUCACUAAUGUUAUCAGCUUGAAGGAAUGAGGUCCUAUUCCAAUUUCCAAACUUUCGAAAGUUGUUCGAUUGCUUUCUCUCAUGGACUCUGCUGGAGGAUUAAUUAUAUUGUGGCUCUUAUCUUGUCUAAUUAGUUAAACGCUUGAGCUGUUAUGUCUGUAGGUUGGGGACAGAUGUUUGGUAAAGGCGAUUCAGCUACGAUCCUACAACAGGCGCGAAUGCCUGUUGUCUCUAACGGAGCAUGUGCAGCAAAACUGGAUACCUCACCGAAUGGUGGGCUUCAUACUGAUAACCGAACCUGGAUAGUGACAAGCAAAAUGAUCUGCGCAGGAGAUGCAGGGCACACUAAGACAAGCGGCUGCUUUGGGGACAGCGGUGGGCCAUUUCAAUGCAAGAAUACCGCUGGCCAGUGGGUAGUGCAGGGUAUUGUAAGCUGGGGUGACCCGGAUUGUUCAUCGAGUAACCAUUACACGGUGUUCACUCGGGUCAGCGUGUUUCGCAAGUGGAUCGAGGAUAUGUUGAAAGAUACAGUUAACAAAUCUGAUAAAGACAUUUAGGUACAUCUAAGCAACCACGUAUGAGCCGGAAAAUUUCGUUUUUUUAUAAAUAACAAUUAAAUUUUGAAAAGUCAGUUAAGUUACCUUUUUAGUAUUUAACUAUCGGAGGAAAUGCGGCAUAAGAGAAAAAAGAUUGUAAAUUAACUUAAAUUAUUACGGGAAAGCUAUGAAGAUUGUAAAUUAACCUAAACAGGUUAAAAGUAACGGAAAAGUAAAGGUUACUUAGGAUAGAUCUCACCUAUUACAUUUCCGAGCUUGAAAUGACAGACCACAGUAGGUUUCUACACAGUAACUUUUACAGUACACUCUUUCCCAGAAGUUUAUUCUCACUUUCCACCGUCGCUGUGGAUUGCUCUGUGAGAAAAACGGACUAAAGCGACUCCGACAUAUCACGAACUUUCCUCGCCCUGAGCAAAAGCCAAGCUUAGUCAAGUUGGCCAUUCUAAAUCAUACGUUAUGCUGUGCAAUUGAACACCACCCUGGAAUACUUCUACAGUUAGCAGUGAUUAACGACUUCUUCGAUACCAGUUUAUACAACACAAUUCUGUCGCGCUAUUUGGACUAUAUUUAUAAGAAUAGAAAUAAAAAUUUCAAAACUGG